AGACGAGCAUGGAGUAAAAAUGAGCUUAUUAGCCCUUUGGAUAAAGACUCAUUCGGGCAAGGACGGGACCUUUCUUCCAAACACACUCACUGAAGAUUUUGUUGAUGAUGCAAAGGCCAAGGUUGAAUCGCUGAAGACUGUAGAUCCUUCUAAGUCUCAACAAGAACUCGAAAAUGAAGCCUUUGAGGACACUAUGCAUGGUGGAAAGAUACCAGAACGUCCUGUAGGUUACGGACUUGGAGUUCGAAAGAGCGACGUUUAUGGAGUGCAUGGUGUGCUAAGGAAGAGUGGGUAUGGAAAAAUCCGUCAUAGGACCGUGGUGAUGGAAAAUGUGAAAGAAGAAGUAUCAGCUAUCAACAAGAAAAAUGAAACACUGGAGAAGAAAAAUGGAAAGCUGCAAGAGCAAGUGAAAGAGAAUAAUUGGCUGCUUAAAACUCUUAUUGGGCAAUUUUCUCAACUUGUAGGUCAAGUUCGUACGGGAACUGCUUCAACAAAAGCUCUUGAUUGUGCACAACAAGUCUUGGGAAUGGCACAUCAAAGGGUCGUCCAACGUGAUAAGGUGCAAAAGCAAAAUGAAGGCCAAGACACUUGAGCUUCAUAUGAGCUACUGCCAUCGAUCUAAGUUUUAGUUUUUCUAAGUUUUAGUUUUUCUUGGGUUUGAUUUAUGAUGUUUUAGACUAUUUGGUUAAGAUUUCGGUUAGUGAUAUAGAUGCGUGUAUGUUUGGAUUCUGGUUUGAAACAUACGUGUACGUAUUAUGAAUUUCAACUACUUAAGUUUUUGUAAGUUAAUUUUAUUGUUAAUUAAAGACCAAGUAUUCACAAUUCAUGUUUUAUUGAAUAGUUUUUUAUUAUAUAUUUAUUAAAUAUGCGAUAUGAUACAGGAAUAGGUGGAAUAAAAAGAGCCUAUAUGCGAUACAGGAAUAGGUGAAAAAAAAGCUUAAUUAUACAAAUAAAUCUAGACGUUUUUUGGGGUCGUAUUAUCGUGCUAAUUUUGAAUUAAAUUCCCGCCAAU